AUGCAGCAGCUCAACUAUGCUCUGACACACCCAAACCACCUGGCGAGCCUAUUCGAGCCGAUCACCGCUGACGAGCGAACGAGGUAUGACGCCGAAUGUGGACAAGCGUCCGUCAGCUCCUCAGCGGAGAUAGUGGAUCCCUUGAGACGACCAUUCCUUGCUCGACUGGUAUACCGUCUGUUCCGAUUGUCAGGGUCCAUUGCGUCUACGCUCAACAGCAUCAGCGGUGCUGAGACCGUCCUCGUCGGAGAACGAGAAGACUGGCCAAUACAUGAAGCACUGAUAGUACCUCAUUCCAAGGUUGUCCUUGGAGAGGCCGCAUCCAUGGGCACUCUGCUCGAACUGGGAAAUUGCUCGCUGGAUGUCCUGCGUCACCUCGCUGGCCGGCCACCAACCCAGGCGAUCACACCCGCCUCGGUAUCUGAGGAGGCCUUGGACGUGCGCGAGAGUGUGGCUACUGUUCGGUUGAACUUGGAAGCAGUGAUGAUGUACGCAGUCACACAGCUGGCUAUGUGGCUCUCGAAACCGGAGUUUGAUGCCACACCGAACGAAAAGGAGGAUGAGGACAUGCUAACUGAUAACCAGCCUGCCGAGUCGUUGAAGGAUCGUCGGUCGGCUCGGAGGCGGUCGACAAUGUCGAUGGCGGAGCGGUUGCGGAGGGGGAUGACGGGAGAGAUGGCGGCGGACUUGCAGUCACUGCUAACGAAGGCGAAGCCUUUGAUUGCGAAAAGCGAGGAGAUCCUCAAGAGCAAGGAGGCGGACUUGACGGAUAUCUUGUGCGGAUUUGUGCACGAGCGAAUUUUUGUCUCUUCAUGA